UGCUCGAUCGGCGGAUGGCCGCUGAUGGCGCUGAGCGCGUUGAUGCGGGCUACAGGCGCAGCUCGAUGGCGGACGAGCGUGCGUCUGAGGGUAUGGAAUCAAUAAUCAGUCUGAAAGAACGAUGAGAAGUAGUGGAUGGCAGCUACAAAGGGCCCUGGGGCGUGACACCGUGGCGGUCGAUGGUGAUGCCGUACUCGGCGCCUCUGUGAUGGCCUCGCCCCCACAACACCCCGACGACGGGACGCGUUGCGAUGUCGUGUCGUUGCUGUGCUUGUUCUUGUGCACUCUAUGCGCUACUUACCUUAUGCUAACAUGAGACCUGGUAGGCUGCCGCAGUGAGGGUGACCU